GUGAUGACCCAAUAUUGACUUGUAGAAGCGAGUUGUGACUAACUAACUGUACUUGUCCGUUAUCCAAGAACCACUGAAAGACUAGAUGGUGAGUUGAAAGCUUGAUUCAGUAUGUCAAUCUUACCAUGUAAUACCAACCGGAAAACAGAAGAUGCCGGGUUAGAUUUUAGGGUGUGCCUCCCAUGGGGAUUUUAGUAAGACUUUCUAAGCGUGGUUCCUGCCCUUGAGACAUCCGCAAAGAAGGAAUCUUCCGAGUUUGAAGAAUUAUAUUGACUUUUCAAUAUGUCCAACAAAGAAUCUUGUGGAAAAAGAGAGAGGUCCCAGAGGAAAGAUAUCACCUCGUUACCCAGCUUUGAUGAAGAAGAUAAAAAAGAUAAAAAAACUUCAGCAAGUUCUAGCUCAUCUUGCUCUGUCAGAUCCAUUUCGUCAGAGAAGAGAAAACAGAAAUCAGAUCAUAUAGGCAUUCUAAAGUGUAAUGUAAAAAGAAGACAUGAACUGAAAAGACUGAAUGUAGACACUCGAAGAAGGAGACCAAAAAUCAAUUCAUCAUCCCAUGGACCUGUUAAACUCCAAGAAGCAUCAUAUUCAAACAAUAAUCAAAUUAUUUCAGAAAGUCCUUCUUCAAAUGGAACUAAAAAAGAUAUAAGUAAAUGUGUAGAUUUUAAUGGUAAAGAUAUUAAAUUGACAAAUGUUAGGAGUAACCUUGACCAUGGAAUUAAAAACCUUAGCAAUCCUAAAAUUGCCAAAGAUGUGAAACUUAAAGCUGAAGGUCAAGCAAAUGAAAAAACACGGCCUCAUGUACUUGCUCAGAGGGAGAAGAUGAAAGAUCUCAAGAAAGAAAGGGACAAUAAAUAUAGAGACGGUUCUGAAAAACGUGUUUUGGAAAAAUGCAAGAGAAUCCAAUUUCCUCAGGAUUAUAACUCCAACAAGAUAUUUAAGGAAUCCCAUGAAUCUAGAAGAAGGAAGAUCAGUUUCAAAAUCCCAGUAAAAUCCUAUGAUACCCACCAGAAGCCUGUAGAAGAAAAUGUUUUCCUUUUAGACUCCAGCAAGUCAAGGACUAAGCAGAAGAAAAGGCGCCUGGAAAACUUUCCAGUUUCAUUAAAUUUGAUGAGGCACAAAAGUAAACAUUUGUUUUCAGAUUCCACUUAUAAACAGACUGUUCGUGAGUGGAAAGGGAAAUAUCAUCAUGAGCAUCGAGAAAGUAAUGAUUCAAGUUCUAGUGAAAACCUGACCCAGAGUUUUGAAGCACGAUACUCUUCGUUGUCAUAUGAAAGUAUUCCAGAUACAGAUCAAGAGAUGCAGAUAGUAGAAGAGCUUCAUGCUGCACGCGUGGGGAAAAGUGUGGACUUGCCUGUGGUACCCCCUCCUGGGGAGUUAUCAAGUAUGGAGAUCGACUUGGUGGAAGAUGAUGUGCAUUCUUCUGCUGCAAAUACUGCUUCAGACAAACAACUUCUAAUUGUUAUUGAUACAAAUAUUCUGAUGAAUCAUCUCAAAUUUGUUAGAAUUUUGAAGACAACAGAAAUCCCAGGCUUUGACAGGCUUGUGUUAAUAAUUCCCUGGGUUGUUGUACAAGAGCUAGAUCGUAUGAAGGCAGGAAAACUACUGAAAUAUGCCCAGCACAAAGCUGUACCUGCGGUUCGCUUCAUCAAUGACAGUCUCAAAAGUCAAGAUAGAAAACUGUGGGGUCAAUCAAUACAACUCGCUUCUCAAAAGCUUUAUGGAUUCAGUGAUGAGAACAAUGAUGAUCGAGUAUUAAAAUGCUGCCUUCAGUACCAGGAAUUAUUCCCUAGUUCUCUUGUUAUUCUGUGCACGGAUGAUAGAAAUUUAAGAAACAAAGGCAUAAUAAGUGGUGUGAAGUCACUCAGUAAAGAAGAAUUGAGUGCAGAGUUCUUAAACUUGUCUCUGAGCACAGUUGUACCUCAUCAGCCUUGUGUAUCUAAGCAACAAUUGAAAGCAGAGCGAACACCUUUGGGAAAGAGUAAUGAGGAAGAAUCUACAAAUUCUGGACUACUCAUUCUACUUGAAGGCAUAGUAUCUGAUCUUGAAAAAUCUCUUGGAACAGCUUUAUCUUCAAUAUUAGAAACAGAAAUGAAAAUUGCUUUUGGAAACCUCUGGAUGGAGAUGCUAUACUUGAAACCACCAUGGACUCUAAUGCAUUUAAUGCAGUGCUUUAGAAAACAUUGGGUAGCUGUAUUUGGAUUAAUUACAGAAAAGAACUUGCUUUUAACCGUUGAGAACUUACAUGACAAUCUCUGUAAAGCUAACAAUGCAGUGGAUUUUACAACGGUGAAAUUCCUGCUUCAGGAUUCUCAAAGCCUGUUACAUGCUUUCAGUACAAGGUCAAAUUAUGAUGGUAUUCUUCCGCAGGCCUUUGCUCAAGUCAACAAACUACUCCAAACAUUUUCAGAGGCCAAGGCAAAACUUAAUCGAAAUCCUUCAGAAAAUACAGCAGGUAAAAAGCAAGAAGAUACUUCUCCAAUGAAGUCUGACAACCAACAAAUCCUCGUUUUCUCAAGCUCUCAUCUUCCCCAAACCAACAAGCAUCAAGAAAUCUGGUCUGUCUUAGAGAGUGUUUGGAUUACAAUAUAUGAGAACAGCACAGAUGUGUUUCAGAGAUUGGGUUCAAAUUCAGCUCUGACUUCCUCAAAAAUACCAUCGUUUGAAGAAGCGUUUAUAUAUCUUCAAAAGUUGAUGGCAGCUGUGAAGAAUAUUCUUGAAGGAAUUCAGAGGAUUUUGGCCCCCAAUAGUAAUUAUCAAGAUGUUGAGACUCUCUAUAACUUCCUAAUCAAACAUGAGGUAAAUAAAAGCGUCAAAUUUACUGCCCAGGAACUUUAUGAUUGCGUUUCACAGACUGAGUAUCGGGAAAAGUUAACCAUCGGCUGCCGCCAGCUGGUUGAGAUGGAGUUUGCCAUGCAGCAGUGCAACGCAUCUGUGUAUAUGGAGGCCAAGAACAGGGGGUGGAGUGAAGACAUGCUCAACGAUACGACCUAAGUCUGAUUGGUAACCUGAAAGGAUUGCAUUUGUUCUCAAGAACAGCAGAGAAGCUUUCAACCUUUGAGCCAAACCCAAGAGACUUGUAGGAAUUGUCUCAUUUGUAUAAAAGGUGAUUGCUUAUUACUGACAGUCUCAUUGAGGUUCUCUAAAAAGCCUAAUGCAUCCGUUGUGGAAUAAACUGUGAACUCAACUCUCCUGAAGUUGACAAUACCUUCCUACCUCUACUCCUGAUACUGAGACAGAAUGUUUAAGGAAAGGAGAGCCGCUUUUUUAGUCACCUUAGGGCAAGGAGCCACUGUGGCCCCUGAGGAAGGCACAGCAUUAGCGUCUCUCUCAACUCUGAACAUGGUUACGUGAUCGCGACACUUCCAGACUCCAAGAAAUAAUUAGGACAUGAUCACAUUCCACAAGUGAAAUUUUACCCUGGGCUGUUUUAUGAUCAGUGUCUUCCAUGUAGACCUGGUGAAUGUAAUGCACAUCUCUUCCACUUUCCCAUGGUAUUAAAAAUGAAUUUUUACUUCUGCUCCAACUUGCAAUAGCAGCCUUUCUUCUGCCUGAGGCUUGUCACCUUCCAGUGUAUGUCUAGUGGGAAGAGCAGGGAGACCCCCUGUGCUGUUUCCCCUUACAUGGGAAGCAGCAUGAACGUAUGGGACUGGGUGGCAGUAACCGACGCUUGCCUCUAGCUAAACCAAGUGUUUGACUUCUUUAGUUAUACAGCGAGUUGGAAGUCCUUGUUUACUAGAAUAUACUGUGCUUUUGUUAAUACAUUAGAUUAAAUCUAAUUUGGUAUUAUGUUAAUUUAUUUUUUUAAAGGGCAAUAAAUUAUUUUUAGUAAGAUUUAACUUUUCAUUUUACUCUCAAAUUGUAUUUCUGAACUGUGUAUAAGGUAUGAUUAUAAAAGAGAACCUACUCAGGAUGUUCACUAGCAGUCUGUGCAAGACCCACUGAGCUUUAUGUUUGCACACA